UCAUCUCCACCAACUCCUCUCUCACUAUAUUUGAGGCACAACAACCGAAAAACACAGCGCCGAAAGAUCUGUGAUUUUCUCUCUUUCCGAUCUAAUCCGAUCUCUUUGAAAUCAAGUCGAUGGCUCCAACUCCUUCGGUAACUAAUGGCAGUGAUAUAGCCAUCGGAAAAUCACCGGUGACUAGCCGUGCGUCUUCUGUGUACAGCGAAGUGCAGAACAGCCGUCUUGAUCAUCCGCUCGCUUUACCGUCCGUUUUCCAAAAGCCGUUCAAAGUUGUCAACGGCCCUGAGAGUUCCGCUGCCGGGAAUCCAGAUGAAAUUGCAAAGCUCUUCCCAUCUCUAUUUGGUCAACCUUCAGCAGUGUUGAAGCCAAGUGAAUCAAAUGAUCCUGCAUUAGCCUUGAAGAUAGGAGUGGUGUUGUCUGGAGGGCAAGCUCCAGGAGGACACAAUGUCAUAUCUGGAAUGUUUGAUUACUUGCAGGAACGUUGCAAAGGAAGUACUUUAUAUGGAUUCAAGGGUGGACCAGCUGGAAUCAUGCAAGGAAAAUACAUUGUCUUAACCCCUGAGUUUAUUUAUCCAUACAGAAAUCAGGGAGGAUUUGAUAUGAUCUGUAGUGGAAGGGACAAGAUUGAAACUCCAGAACAGUUUAAGCAAGCUGAAGACACAGCAGCUAAGCUUGAUCUUGAUGGGCUUGUUGUCAUUGGUGGAGAUGAUUCAAACACAAAUGCUUGCCUUCUUGCUGAAUAUUUCAGGAGUAAGAAUUUGAAGACUCGUGUCAUUGGAUGCCCAAAAACCAUUGAUGGAGACUUGAAAUGUAAAGAGGUUCCUACAAGUUUUGGAUUUGAUACUGCUUGUAAGAUCUAUGCUGAACAGAUUGGAAAUGUUAUGAUAGAUGCACGUUCCACAGGGAAAUAUUAUCACUUUGUAAGGCUUAUGGGACGUGCUGCUUCCCACAUUACAUUAGAAUGUGCUUUACAAACUCAUCCAAACAUCACUCUUAUUGGAGAAGAGGUUGCAUCAAAGAAAUUGACACUAAAAAAGGUUACAAAUUACAUAGCAGAUGUAAUCUGUAAACGUGCAGAUCUUGGUUAUAACUAUGGUGUCAUUCUCAUACCUGAAGGGCUUAUUGAUUUCAUCCCUGAGGUGCAACAGCUGAUUUCUGAAUUGAAUGAAAUAUUGGCAAAUGAAACUGUUGAUGAGGGAGGAAUUUGGAAACAAAAACUUGUUCCUCAGUCUUUGCAGCUUUUUGACUUGCUUCCUUCAGCAAUUCAAGAUCAGUUGUUGCUUGAAAGAGAUCCACAUGGAAAUGUUCAGGUUGCGAAAAUUGAAACAGAGAAGAUGCUUAUUCAGAUGGUUGAAACUGAAUUGGAUCAAAGGAAGCAAAUCGGUCAAUAUAAUGGCGAAUUUAAAGGCCAAUCCCACUUUUUCGGGUAUGAAGGGAGAUGUGGUUUGCCUUCAAACUUUGAUUCUUCAUACUGCUAUGCAUUGGGUUAUGGUGCUGGAGCUUUGCUUCAAAGUGGAAAAACUGGAUUAAUAUCAUCAGUUGGUAAUUUAGCUGCACCAGUUGCAGAAUGGACUGUUGGAGGAACUCCAUUGACUUCAUUAAUGGACGUUGAAAGGAGACAUGGUAAAUUCAAACCUGUGAUAAAGAAGGCAAUGGUUGAGCUUGAUGGCGCACCAUUCAAGAAAUUUGCAUCAAAGAGGGAGGAUUGGGCCAUUUAUAACAGAUAUAUUAGUCCUGGUCCGAUUCAGUUUAGUGGACCGGUGGCUGAUAUUUCUAACCACACCUUAUUGUUGGAGCUUGGAGUUGAAGCCUAGUUAUCUAUCAUAUUAAUAUUUUUCAUCUUUUAGUGAAAACGUUUGAAAAAAUUCCAAGUAUUUUUCCUAUGAAUUUGAAUAUGUUUUUGGUAUAAUUGGAUUUUAAGUUCUUGUUGGCAUUUAGGUUAAAGGCUACUUGAUCGAAUGAAAGGAUUUUGAUUUCUGA